CUUAGUUCCCGUUCUGGCGAUUGCAAGGCUAGCCCCGCCUACAGCCCUAGAGCAGCUUUCAGCUCUCCGCUCGUGAAUCAAAUCUUCGAUAAAUACUUUUGACCAUUCGGGAAGUCUGAUGUAUCUUGUAAUGCUUGAAGCGCGAAGUAUCAUUUAUGUCGCGACUGUAAAUAUGCAUCCACCAUAAGUUAAAGUUCUACCAACAAGGAAGCGUGGUUGUUCAAACACACCAACAUACUCCCCUGUCAACCAGUAGAUGAUGCGCAUCCCCCGCACGAACUUUCACAUCUCUAUUCUAACUAUUGCACUGAUCUGAAAAGCAAAGAUUCAUUUCACUCCAGUUCUUAUUUAUAUAGCAGCUUACGCACCAUUUCCUCAAUCACGUCACUCUUCGCUGUCACACCCUGGGUAAUAUCCGACGUUUCCCCGCUGCCAUAAAAAGGACGCCUCGCUCCACAUGCUCGAAGAGAUUUGCAUCAGGCGGCGGGCGGGCUGCAAAUUUGAAUUAGGCUCCGUUUUGAACCACCGUUGGAUUAUUGCCUCAUCGCUUUCAGACCAUGACAAUCAUGCCUCCGAUAGUUGCACGAACCGAGGGAUUAAACUCGUUCAGGAAAAUUCGACGGGAAAGUGGUGCAUUUUGAAGAUGCUUCCGCCUGACAUCUUACGUCCGGGCAACGCAAUGCGGGAAAUCUGUGUUCUGCAGAAUCUGAAUCGACAAGGCAAAACAGGACAUACGAACAUCGUGCGGUUAUUAGACUUCGCAGAUGGUUGCCAACACCCUCACGAUAUACCUUGGAUGGUAACGGAGCUUUGCGACAGAGGAACGCUAGCACAGCUUGUGGAAAACUAUGCAAGCCAAGGCGUACAUCUACCCGAAGCGUUCUUGUGGUAUGCGUUCGAACGCCUUGCUGCGGCAGUGCAAUUCUGUCAUAACUCGGGAGUGGUGCAUCGGGAUAUCACACCCACAAACAUAUUCUUGCAUUCGAACACGGACAUGCACACAUACCCAAACCUUCAACUCGGCGACUUCGGAUGCGCAGCGGACGAACACUACCUGUUAGAAUCGACGGUCGAAAUUUUGUCCCCAGGAAAUCCAGACUUCAUGCCACCCGAGGGCUAUUUGGUACAAGCAUCAUGCGAUAUCUACCAAGUCGGACUCGUCGUACUGUGCUUGUGUAUGCGCGAGACCGAUCCCACAGAAAGCCUUGCCGACUUCUUCAACGAAAUGAAUACCUGCGGACGACAGAUAUCAACCGAUCUCAAGCGCUUGAUCAUAUGGUGCUUAUCCAGAGAAGCGGCACAGAGACCGAGCGCAGAAGUGCUAGUAGCAAGCAUAGACAGGAUUGUUUCCGAAAGACAGAGUAAUAGAAAGACUUUCGCGUUUGAGAGCUUGAUUGAGGCGAGGAAUGGGAUGAUGGCAAGCUCGAAUGUGGCAGUUCCAUCACUUUAGGGUGGGUGGAAAAUAGUAGUCCAUAUUAACUUCUUAUAUCACAACUAUGGAUUUACCCUGCUAAGAGUGAAA